GGGCCACUACGCAGCCAGACUGCGAGCCGUGAGGGUAGAGGUCCGGGUAUUCGCACCGAGAUACACGCGCCGAGCAACGUGCACGUCCGACCACGCCGCUCAUUUUCCACUUUGUAUCCUCGAUUCGGAAGAAGGAAAUAACAUAAUCAUUGAAGAAGAAGAAGAAGAAGAAGAAGAGGAAAAAAAAGAAGAGGAAGAAGAAGAAGAAAAAGAAGAGGAAGAGAAAGAUCGAAGAGAUUGGAAAUUGUACUUGCCCGAAGGAUCAAAGGAUCAACUUUAGAAGAAGAAAACAAGAAGAAAACAGAAGAAUAAAAAGAAGAAGAAGGAGAAGGAGAAGAAGAAUUUUCUAUUCUACGCUGCUACACACUUCUAGACCACUCUUGUAUUUUUUCCACGCUGAUAUCUCUAUCUCGUGUGUGUUAUCAUUCAUCGUUUUUAUCCUCGAAGAAAACGAUUUGUCGGUGACUGAUCGGGAAAAGGGUUUACCGGUUGAAAUCAUUCGUGAUUACGGGGUGAAAAGAGCGAGUGCGCGAAGUCGAGAACGAACAGGAGAGCAGGGACGUCCAGGUGGUGCGCGUCCGACGCGUUCUCGACCUAUAGAGACGCACGUGGGACGGACCUACGGAACGCGCGAGGAAGAGCAAGAGAGAGAGAGAGAGAGAGAGAGAGAGAAAGAAAGAGAAAGAAAAACAGAUAUAGAAAAAGAAAAGGAUUAGUUAAGAAGAUUAUAAAUAGAACUUGGUGAGUUUUGUGCGGACUGGUGACAUCGAUCGAUUUGUGCUCGGACAUUUACUACUUUGGACUCCUCAUUAUCGAUUACUACACUUUUGAAAUUAAAGAAACUUGGACUGACAGGUGUGAACAAAGUUUACAUAGAUUAGGAAGAUAACUGUGUAACGCUCGGGACUCAAAGUGAAAUCGCGAAGUGACGAUAAACUUGAGGAUUUUGUUUCCCUCUUCUCUCUCUCUCUCUCUCUCUCUCUCUCUCUCUCUCUCUCUCCCUCUACCUCUUUUUUCCUCUCUCACUCACGCGUUCACAAGUUUAACGAGCGACACCUAAUUAUCGUUGGCAGUGAGCAAUUACGAAGAGCGCGUGACGCCACGACGGGACACGUCAGUGUUUUUCUGCUUCAAAAUUAUACGCUUUCGUUCAGGACGCACGUCGUCGUCGUUGUCGUCGUCGUCGUCGUAGUCGUCGUCGCCGCCGUCGUCGUCGUCGUCAUUGUUGUGGCGAUGAGCGAACACGCACGCUGCUGAACAAAUAGAAUAAUUAAAAGCGCAUUACGUUUCGCUACGAUCGUUCCGUCUCAUUAUCUUUUUCUUCGAGUUUAUCGAAAUAAAAAGCCACACCAGUCAAGAGGAAAAGAAAAAUUCUUUGAAGAAUCGAUCGUCUAUCUUACUUUAUCAAAGUGACUGGUAUAAGCUGAUUAAACCGCGGUGACUUAUCGUAUAUAGUUGGUCACGUGAGAUUGACUAACUCCAUCUAACUAAUUAGAUACCGGUUAAUUAAACGUGCCGUUAGAACAGGCUGAUGUCACGAGACUUGAAGAUUUUCCCGAAUCGUUCGUUCCUCGACGUCGGUCUACCACCGACCGCGAGAUUCGCGAAGAAGGAUUCUACUGAUCUUACGAACGCCGUUGAAGGCUCGUGAAGAAGAAAAGGAAAGAAAACGAUCUUGCCAUAUCUCGUGAAUUCCAAGGGGAAAGGAUCGAAUUCCUCUUCGAUCGACUUUACCCGCAUCGUGGGAGAGAUAAAUAACGGAGGCUCGUCCAACUCGCGUCAGGACGACGUCCCACGUAGAGCGGUCGCAGCUCAGUUUAGAUUACGAGUCCCCGGCAUGCAAGGCUGACAUGGCGGAGGGUUCGGCCGAGGAGGAACAGAGCAGUACCGCUGCGCCCGCUUCCCCUCCAGCUGAUCUUCGCACUCUGAACACCCAAUUGUCGCCGCCUUAUCACCAUCAACCCCAUCUCCAGCCACCGCGUCUUCAGCAUUUGCAGCAUCCCAACAUGUUGGCCACCGCCGUACCGCCUAGGCACAGCCACAGCAUGCUGUCUCAUCAGGUGAAAACGGAAGCCGAGUUGGACGCGUCGUACGACGUGCCAUUGAAUCUCAAGAGCGAGGACAGCGACAGGAGUAGCGCUGGAAGUCCAGAGCCAGCAACAGGCGCUAUGCACGAACAUCAAAUGAUGAUGGAAGAUAUAAAGAAUUCGCGGAAAAGACGACGGACUCCGUCUCCUGAGAAUUUGCAUCAAGCGAAACGUGCAGCCGUACCGCAAGCGCAUCUUAAUGGAACCAUGGCCGCGAUGGUUACCCUUCAAAAUCUACAAAAUUUGGAGAAUCUACAGAAUUUGGAGAGUCCCGAAUCGGCGACAGGCUCGCUGCAUGAACAUCAAAUGAUGAUGGACGAUGUAAAAAAUUCUCGGAAGAGACGGCGAAGUCCGUCGCCGGAGAAUCUUCAUCAAGCGAAACGAGCGGCGGUAGCGCAAGCUCAUCUCAAUGGAACCAUGGCCGGUAUGGUGACUCUACAGAACCUUCAAAAUCUAGCGAAUCUUCAGAAUCUUCCGCAGGUCGCUUCAUUGGCUGCUGGUCUUCAGGGAAUGACGGCUGGACUGAGCAACAAUCAGUUGAUCAAUACCCCCUUGAAUCUCACCGUUAGCUCAUCCGGAGGCACCGCACCAACUGCCUCGAGUACAACAGCAGGACCACAUCUUUUACCACCAAGUCCAGCGCCAAUGGUGACGUUACCUCAGCUAUUGUCUCAACCACAACCAGUAGCAAUGCCGCAAUUCAUCCUUAUGUCCGGUCAAUUAGUUCAGGGUCUUCAAGGAGCCCAACUUUUAAUCCCUACUUCUCAAGGUAUAGCAACGCAGACUAUAUUGACCAUUCCCGUAAACCACGUAACGAAUAAUCAAAUGGUCAACUUGGCACUCAGCAAUGGUCAAGUAGUUUCUACGACGUUGGCGAAUCUUCAAUCGAUCGCACAACCACAAAAUAUGUUGAACACACCAACGAGCAACGUUCCGACAAGUCCGAGUCUGGCAUCGGGAUUAGGCUUGAAUCCCGCAGCACUGCCUCACCUUUUGAGCAACAGUUCAGCGAGCCAACAGCUUCUGAAUGCAAUGCAACCCCAGCAGCUGCUUCAGGCAGCUCAAGCGGCACAAGCUCAGGCAGCGCAAGCCGUCCAAGCUGCCCAGGCUUCUCAACAACCACUUCUCACGACGUCACCGCAACAGCACAGCCAUCGACAUGGCUCGCACAUGAAUCAUUAUACGCCAACAGAAAAGCAUCACAGAGAGAGACCGGAACAGUCGUCGCCUUUGAACGAAUCUGUAGUCUCCGCAGCCUCUGCUCUAAACAGAUUGACGUCCAGCAACGGUGAGAUUACCAUCACGACGACGCACGGUCCUAGUGGAGCUGGAGGAAUAAAGGCCUCGCCAAGCACUUUACACAGUCCCAAGGAGGAAGAAGAUGAUCUCCUCAACGAUUCCCCGAAUCAACCGACAAUCAACGAAGCCACGAACAACGUUGUGGAUGGUAUCAACCUCGACGAGAUCAAAGAGUUCGCGAAGGUUUUCAAGCUUCGUAGACUUUCGUUGGGCCUAACGCAGACCCAAGUUGGUCAAGCCCUUAGCGUUACCGAAGGUCCUGCUUAUAGUCAGAGUGCCAUAUGCAGUGCCCUGGCUACCCAGAUGUACGCUGCCUCGCAGAUUGUGUCACAGCAGCAAGCUACAUUCGAAAAGCUGGACAUCACACCUAAAAGUGCGCAGAAAAUUAAGCCAGUGUUGGAGAGGUGGAUGAAGGAAGCCGAGGAAAGUGCGCGUGAUUGCAGGUACAAGAGCGGAGUGAAUCAUCUCACGGACUUCAUCGGAGUCGAACCAACUAAAAAGAGGAAGAGACGGACGUCCUUCACACCUCAAGCUUUGGAAUUGCUCAACGCUCAUUUCGACAGAAAUACUCAUCCCAAUGGUACUGAAAUUACAACGUUAGCACAUCGUUUAGGAUACGACAGAGAAGUGAUUAGAAUUUGGUUUUGCAACAAGAGACAAUCUCUAAAGAAUACAGCGAGAAUGAUGAAGGGAAUCGAGUAAAGCGACGUUGAUCGAUGAUCGUCUAUGGAAAAAAUCAGCGAAGAAGAAGGAGAAGAGGAGAAAAGAAUCGCUUCGAGUACGAUUCGAUAUCUCCGAGAACGAACUGAGUUUAAAUUUCGAGGGUCGUUUUAUCAGAAAAAAAUCGCAAAAGGAUUAAAAAAAUGAAUUGUCCUUUUUAAAAUCAAGAUUUGUUGAUCGAAUUAACGAUCCUUUCGCGAUUUUUACUCUCGAAAAGAAAACGAAGUACUUUUAUAAUUGUCCAGUUUCGCUCGAUCGUGUUAACGAUCGAUGAGUGAUCUAACUCGACACUCUGAAGACUGUAUUCAUCGAUCUUCCGGUCUCAGUCCAUCUUUUCCACGAGGAAGAACGAAAAAUCGCAGCAUCGAGUCGAUCGAGCUCGACGAUCGAAACUGAACGAAAAACGCAGCGAAAAAGAAAAAAAGAAAAGAGACUAAGUCCUUAAGGGCAAUGUGAUCGCAGAGAGUAUACGAAAGAUCUAAUCUGUAAAUUAGCUUUUAUAGUCCUGCUCGCAGAAAACUUCAAAAGUGAAAGGAAAAUUAAGUGAAGAGUAUUUUUUUGUUUCUUUCUUUUCUUUUUUGUUUUCGAAAAACCGAAGGAUUGACUUUUCCUUCUUUCUCUUCGUCUAAAAAAAAAAAGAAAAGGAAAAGAUUGUUAAGAGAUCUUGAUUAACAACGACACGUAACUUAAAUGAAAAUUACCAACAGUUGGUAAUACUCUGCGAAGAUUGAAUCGUGUUACCAAUUGAACGAAAAUUAUCUUCCUAGUUCUCAUCGAAAUCGACUCCCAAAAGACCUUAGAAUUAGCAUUUCCCAUGGAUAAAACCGAACAUGACUUUUAUAUGUUUCGAAUACAUUGUAAAUAAAAAAAAAAGAAAAAAAAAGAAGAGAGAGAACAUUAUGUCAGAAGUUAAUUUUUGGGACUUAGAAUCAUUGCGAUCGAUUCGAUUGAAUAUUUUAAAAAAUUCCAAAAAAAAAAAGAAGACUAAUGAUUGUGACAAUUCUUGUUGCUUGGCUAACUUGAUGAAACGACGUUUCAUAGCUAUUUAAAAUAUUCAAUCCUGAUGAGAAACCAUGGAAGAAGAGUCAAUCACAGUGAUUAACCAAUCAUUUAUUAAUAUAGAGAAAGAAGAAAAGUAAAUAUUUCGACGUCUCCAUUGUACUAUACGAAGAGCUAUAUAUAUAUAUAUAUAUAUAGCGAAUAAAUAAUGCAAUAACACGACGUUGAAAGUAUUAAAAGACGCAUAAAAAAAAAGAGAAACGAAAGAAAAAAGCAGAGAUCAGAAUUAUGUCACACCUCGCUUCUCAAAAAAGUGACAAUAGUUCGAAGAUUUGUGCAAAACUAGUCCGCGAUCGUUUAAGAUCAAGAUAUCAAGAUAAUAAUUCAAAUGCGAUCUCGUUUCUCAAGGCACAAAUGUUUUAUUUCUUUUCUCUUUCCUUUCUACUUUUAUUCUCGUGGUUUAGAAACGGGACACGAUUUUUUUUUCCCUUUCUUUUUUUAACAAUCUUCAAUAUCUUUUAUACAUUUUAUUCUUCGUGUACUUACCCCUAACUCGAACGAAGCUCACGAAAUACCGUUUGUAUGUAAUAAUCGUCAUAGAUAAAAAUUACUACAAGCACACGCUCAAAUUACAUAUACAUAUAUAUAUAUAAAUAUAAUAUCGAUGCAGCUUCCUUCGAGAUAUCGUUUUUAAUCUCAGACACUCCCGAUAAUUUCAAUAUCAUUAUUUUUAUCGAAUUUUAAUAAAUAAUAAAUAGAAGAGAACGAGAUCGAAAGCUUUAAAACUGAUCGAUGACAAACUUGACGAUUUCUCGCAUUAAACGUGAUAAUUAAUAGGGAAAAGCCAUAAUAAACUAAUCAUUAUUUCUUCUAAUAAUACGAGAGCGGAGUAAGAUUUGAAAGAUUUAAGGAAUAAGAUCGUACAUAUAUUGUAAUGUACUUCGUAUCCUUUUUUCCUCUCGAUGAAAGAAGAAGGAUAAAGAUAGAUAGAUAGAUAGAUAGAUAGGAGAGAGAGAGGGGGGAGGGGGCAGAGAGCGAGAGAGAGAGGGAGAGAAAGAGAGAAAUAAAAAAGUAAAAGGUAAGGAAACGUGAGAUACCUUCGUUAUAAUAAUGGACUAUUUACUACCAAUAAUUAUUCAUCUAUUACAUGAAUAACAUUGAGAAUCGAUGAAAAAGUAAAUAAUAUUAGUUAGGUGCGCGAUUUCAAGUGGUUUAGCCCCGUGUACAUAUAUUAAGAUUAUUGAUUAUAUAUAAGCGUUGUAAUAUUUAAGGAAUAAACUUUUAAUAAUAUCGUAGGCUAUAAAAUAGCUGAAUUCGUACGAAGUUAAAUUGACAUGGUUAAAGUAUACUUCUAAAAACGACUAACGUAAGCAAAGCAACAAGAAGAUAGAAGACGAAAGAGGAUGCUGAGAUUUGUCCAGCAAUGUGUUGAGAGAGCAGAAAAAAAAAUAGGGAGAUUAUUAUUAAGAUCUUGUAUUAUUAAGAGUGCCGAAGAGCAAAGUAAUCUGUUCCUAAAGAGUUGUAUCAUAAAGUAGAAGGAGAGGAGAAGUGAGACAAUGAAAAGUGUGGUAUACGUGGAUAAGGGUGGGUCUAGGGGGGAUGGGGGGUGAGAGUUAUAAAAAAAUUCAAAAUUCAAAAUUUUGAUCGAUUCUAAGUGGGGGGAGGGAAUAAACUGGGGUAGGGGGAAAAUCGUAUGUUGUCCUUUUUGAUAAAUGAAAAAAAAAAUGAAAAGAAACGUUUGUACAGAGAUAUUCCGGUUAUUAAAUUUUGUUACGCGAAUAAAGAGGGUGAGAAAGAGAGAAAAAGAGAGAGAUGGAGAGAGAGAGAGAGAGAGAGAGAGAGAGAGAGAGAGAGAGAGAAACGAAGGAGGAUUAUUAAUUAAUCUGUUAGGGAAGCUGCGUGUGGUGUAGUAUCGGGCUUGUGGGAGGAAGGAAGGUGGUAAUUCGGAAGGACGCACGUCCGAGAGGAAGGGUAUAACGAAUUAGGAAUCAUGUGUAUUUUCUUCGUGAAAUCGAUAUUCAAUAGAUUAUUGCGGAAAUAUAAAAACGCGAGUAUUAAGCAAAGAAAAAAGAAAAAAAAAAAUCAUGUGAAAUUGUAUCCGUGAGUGUCAUAUUCCUAAGGAAAAAAAGAAAAAAAAAUCAUAGAUCCACGGGCGAAUGUUUUAUAGCAGUUUCCGAGUAGAAAAAACGAGAGAAAAAGGUAUUGAAAAAAAAAAAUAUAUAUAUAUAUAGAAAGAAAAAAAACGUAACACGAAAUUUUCCUCGCUCUUUAUGCUAAUACAAAAUUUUUCUACAUUACGUAUUGUUCGAAGUAAGGCAUUUGGUUUAGCCGAUAAAAGAAAAAAGAAAAAAAAAAGAAAAGAAAAAGAUAAACAAAAAGUGAAAAUAUCUUGAAAGCAGAUGAAUUCCGAAUAAUAUGGAAAGUCAGAACAAAGAAAAACGUAGGAUAUAACGAAGCUGAUCACGAUUGUAAAUCUUUCUUUUCGUCCAAAACUCGCAAACGGCGCGGCAUCGCCGUAAUCCUAUCAAAGAGGAAACUGUUCCUGAAACAUCGCCCAGAGAAACCAAAGUUCCUAUUACGUUUUAUAAAAUAAUGAAAAAAAAAAAAACAACACACACACAUAUAACUGUACUGCGAAUAAAAAAACCACACUUGAUAUGUAUAUACGAGAAACAGGCUAAGCUAGUUAUUACGCGAUACAAUCAGCAAUUACGAGGAUUCGUUAAGGGAGAUGAGGAGAAGUGAAGGAAGACGAAGAAGACGAAGAAGAAGAAGAAGAAAAAGAAGAAACGAAGGCAAAGAACAGGAAAGACAGAAACUUAGAGAUAAAAAGAGAAAGAGAGAGAGAAAUAAUUACGGAAUAAGUAAAAGGCACGCCAUGCAAAGAUCAAUUGAAAUUUACAGUAAUGGGAACAAAAUGUCACGAGAUCCGAAGUGACAUGGUAACAGGAAAAUAGACGGAAUGAGAAGGGAGUGUAGAAAAGAAAGAUAUAGAGGAAGAGGAAGAGAAAGAAGAAGAAAAAGAGGAGGAGGAAGAUGAACAAAAAAAAAAAAGAAAAAAUACCAGAAUUUUUCCUAACGCGGGAUCGUACGCUUUUCUUUAUCAGCGGACGCGACGAGAGAUUUGUUUUAUUUCAAUUCUCGUUCGACGACGUCGUAUUCGCGAGACACGGCAUAGUCCGUUGACCCUCGAUGCACAGUAAAACACACAGUCGAUGAUUAAGCACACAAGAAGUAUACAAUUAAAUUAAGCAAGCCGUAGCUUUAGCUUGAAUGUUAGCAAUUUAGACGAAAAAAAAAGAAAAAAAAAAGAAAACAUACACACACGGACACACAUUACACGUACAGAAAACACGGACACACGAUGUAACAUUAAAAACUACGUAUUUAAAAGGAAACCAGAAAAAAAAUCUUAGCCGUUAAGCGAAUACCUGUGUAAAAUCUAGUAGGUGUCCACAAGAAUAAAAUAAAAAACAUAUAUUGUGGUACAAAUUACAUAA